CGGCUCUCUGGCGGGUUCGUAACGCAGCGCCGUCCCCCACCAAACAAAGACAAAAGAUCCCCGUGUAGCCUGUAGCAGACUUGGGGCAAGUGCUGUUAGCGAGCACCGGCACAUGAGGAGGGGGCAGGAGACCAGCACCACUCCAAGGCCGCCUUUGUCUCCCUAGCGGCGAUGUUUACUACACACACGCACCAGGUACUCAUUUGAGGCUGAGCCGAUCUAAGGGAGGCCCAGAACCGGUUCAGAUAAAUCGUCACUGUGUGCUGAUGGCCGUGAACGGGAAUCGAACCCAGGUCGCCGAGUUCGUAGCGCAGCGUGCUAACCGCUACACUAUCGCUCCCCUACUGCAUACAGCACACCUCACUAGCCACGUUAACAAACUCACUUCGGUUUAACACGGACUUGUAGGCUUUCACGGCCAAUGUUAUCCAUAAUAAGAGGGUUUUUUUCUGGGUUCGAUCGCGUAAGUAUAAAUGUGUCGUUAAACCCGCCACCACCCGACCCAGCUCUGGCUGCCCGGCUGAUGCCAGUUGGAAAUACUGGCGAAACGUCGUACUCGAAUAGUACAUGUUGUGGGUCUUACUCGUCACGUAUUGGCACGGAUUUGUUUACGUGACAAAACCUUCCACCAUGUAGUUUGGGUCUUUCGGUAAAGUCACGUGGAUAGGUUCAAAGAAAAUAACAAAAAAACCACGACGUUUCGAUCGCAACACAAGCGGUCGUCAUCAGGAAAAGGGGGUUCGCCUCUGAAGGCAAGACUACGAUCAAACUUAGUAGUUUUUUUCCCUAUUUUCUUUGAACCUAUCUUCGUGACUUUACCGAAAGACCCAAAUAAUUAUAAAUUCCUGCAGUCACGAAAGCUUUAAGUCGAUAUUUAAAACCUUACCAAUUGGGCCGUGUCGGGUGGUGGCGGGCUUUAACGACACACAUUUAUAAUUUUACGCGAAUCUAACUCCCCCUCUGUUACGGAAACUCAACUUAACCCGCAGUUAAACCCCGGAAUGCCGAGCACUUCAAACCCAGCCGAGCGCACGCCACCCCAUUGCCUCGUGGUGGUCGUCAACCGACCCCGCUCCCCCCCCCCGUCAAACGCGAUAGCCAGCCAAUGGGGUCCAAGUAACAUCACCGGAGCUGGGGGGGGUGGUGUUGAAUAAAACCGGCGGGGGUCCCUCGCUGCGUCUCUGCGUGAGCGAGGCGCGGAGCGAGGCGCGGAGAUCGAAGGGAGAUAUCGCGACCUCGUCUCCUGCGUCCCAGGCAGACCACGCCGCAAAAAUCACUCGGAUAAAACCCAGCACGCAAACAACUAAUAUCGUCUUUCUCGGGAGUUGUCUUCCGUUAUUCACCUGCAGCGCAAACAUUAAACAAGCUGCUGCUGCAUUGUGGACAAAGAUUCCCCGUGUAGUCGUACAGACUGCCGGGGGCUAGCGCAGGAACAGGCGACGGUGUCACCUCGAGAGCUUCAACUCUGGCAACCUCCACCUGAGCGGCCGUCACUCGUGGUACAAAGUAGGGAACAGAAACGUAACGAGACAAAAUCACACCUGCUCACCGCGCUUGGUGGCUGGUGGCGGUGGCAGCAGCAUCAUCAGCAGCAGCAAGCAAGCGGUGACAUCCUCGUCCCUGCCAAAGACGAUCAUUCUCCCGCGUUCGUCCGCUGCCCGUCGAGAGUCGUGGACGGGGACCUCGAAACACUGCGACCAACGAUGUACGAGAUGGACUCCCUGUCGCCUCCGUCUCCCUCGAGGAGUCUUGUGACGGACGAGGAGGAAGAGGCACCCCUGGGGAGAUACCGCAGCCCCUUUGGCGGGACGGCGGUGAGGAAGCGCUCCGGGCUUCGCGGCGACGCGGCCGUGACUCCGGGAUGCAAGAAGGGCAAACGAAGCGCCGCUGGCGGUGUCAGCGGAUCAAUCGGCCAUCACCAUCAACAGCUGCUGCUGCUACAGACAAACCAUCAUCAGCUGCCGCAACAGCAGCAUCGGCAGGACAGCGACCACCAGCAGCAGCAGCAGCCGCAGCAUCAUCAUCAUCAGCAGCAGCAGAAUCAAAAUGAACCGGAAUCGCAAAACCAGCGGUUCGUGGCGAACGUGAGAGAGAGGCAGCGCACGCAGUCGCUCAACGACGCCUUCGCCUCGCUGCGCAAGAUCAUCCCCACGUUGCCCUCGGACAAGCUGAGCAAGAUCCAGACUCUGAAGCUCGCGGCGAGGUACAUCGACUUCCUCUACCAAGUGCUGCAGAGCGACGCGGCCGAGGGAAGGGCGCCGGUGCCCAGCUGCAGCUACGCGGCCACGGAGCGCCUCAGCUACGCCUUCUCCGUCUGGAGGAUGGAGGGAGCCUGGUCCAUGUCAGCGUCGCAUUGAUGGAGGGUCGUGCUGGUUGGUGGUGGUGAGGAGUGGUGGUGGUGGUGAGCAGUGGUGGUGGUGAGGAUUGGUGGUGGUGAGGAUUGGUGGUGGUGAGGAUUGGCGGUGGUGAGGAGUGGUGGUGGUGAGGAUUGGUGGUGGUGAGGAUUGGUGGUGGUGAGGAUUGGUGGUAGUGGUGGUGAGGAUUGGUGGUGGUGAAGAUUGGUGUUGGUGAAGAUUGGUGGUAGUGGUGGUGGUGAGGAUUGGUGGUGAUGGUGAGGAUUAGUUGUGGUGAGGAUUAGUGGUGGUGAAGAUUGGUGGUGAGGAUUGGUGGUGGUGAUAAUUGGCGGUGGUGGGGUGGAUCGGUGGUGUUGGUGAGGAUUGGUGUUGAUUGUGAGGAUUGCUGAGUGGUGGUGAGGAUUGGUGGGUGAGUGGUUACAUUGAUUUAGGGUGGUGGGUGUGGUAGUGUUGGUUGAUGACGGUAUUGAUGAGUACUGGUGAGGACUGUGCAUAGUGAGUGGUGGCGAGGGGUGAGGAUGGUGGGUGGUGGUGCUGGUGUUGAUCGUGGGAGCCUGUUGAGAACUCCUGCGCGUCGCUUUCUCAAUGGAGACCUGGAAGAUAGGUUAAUCAACUCAUCACCAUGAUCAGCCAUGAUCCAUCUACUGCUGGAUGAAGGCCCCCUCGGAACGGCCGCCAACUCUCAUGGUCGUGCAUUGAAGCGAUCCACUUAGGCACCGCACACGAGCUGAUUGGAUGGGAUAAUUAAUAAUAAUACCAAUAAAAUAAUAAUUGUUAAUUGUAUGUACGUAUACAUGUGCACUGCCAGGUCGUGUCUAUAUUAUAACUUCUGGAUUGACUGAAGGUCAUUGGGUGCAUAUUGCAAUGAGCAUUCGCAAUGAGGAUUUUUUCAGAGUUAUUGAAUACACUCUGAAUCUCAAGAUGCUGUCACACUGAACGACAGAGACAGAGAGAGAGAGAAUCAUUCCGAAUUAUUCGGAACCUUGAAUUUCAGUCUCGGCCACUCGAACCACGGCUUGUCUAGAGGCACAGCCCCGGUUCGUGUUGAUCCACUGCUGGAUGGAGGCCUCCCCCCACGCUGGGUAGACGGCAAUGGGUUCCGAAUGGACGUCUGUGAAAAAAUAGCUUCGUAAAAUUCCUCCAGUAUAAAUCUUGACUUAAAGCUUUCGUGACUUGCAGGAAUUCAUAUUAUUU